CAAAUGUGAAAAGAAUUGCUCUGUAUUGUAGUUAACAAUAUUUAGGGGGUAUAAUGAUAAAUAUCAAAAAUUACCAAAAUGGAGAAAGAUAAGAUAAGAGUAGAACACAGUUUAGUUUUAACCUCAGUGUCCAUCUCUCCGACAAUGGCGAUGUCAAUGGCUGCUGUUUCUUUCCCAUCUCUACACCAGAAACAAACCUUAUCCUCCUCACUCUUCACUCCCACCUUCCUCCCAUCGAAAGCCUCUUCCUUUCUCACCAAACCAUCUCCCAAACGAACCCUCACAAUCUCCAUGUCCAUGGAAGCAGGAAUCGGCGUGAUGGCCUCAAAACUCGGCAUGAUGUCUUUCUUCGAACCAGACGGAACCGUAGUUCCCGUAACCGUAAUCGGAUUCCGCGAAGGCAACAUCGUGACACAGCUCAAAACCCUCGCCACCGACGGAUACGACGCCGUGCAAGUCGGUUACCGUCGCGUACGCGACAAGAAACUAACUAAACCGGAAACCGGUCAUCUCCAAAAAUCCGGUAUAAUCCCUCUUAGACAUCUCCAGGAGUUUCGGUUAACUAACGUUGAAGGGUUCGAACCGAACCAGAAGUUGGUUUUUGACGAGAUUUUUAAAGAAGGUGAUCUUGUUGAUGUGGCCGGGACCACGAUAGGGAAAGGGUUUCAGGGAGGGAUCAAGAGGCAUAAUUUCAAAAGAGGGCAGAUGACUCAUGGUUCUAAGAGUCAUCGAGCUUUGGGGUCGAUUGGUGCGGGGACAACGCCUGGGAGGGUUUACAAAGGGAAGAAGAUGCCUGGGAGGAUGGGAGGGACGAGGACGAAGAUUAGGAAGCUUAGGAUUGUUAAGGUUGAUAAGGAGCUUAAUGUUGUGAUGAUUAAAGGUGCUUUGCCUGGUAAGCCUGGGAAUUUACUCAGGAUAACUCCGGCGAAGAUUGUUGGUGUUAACAUUCCCAAGAACUAGUGGAGACAAGAACUUAAAUCAGUUAUGUCUUUAUCUUGUAUGGGUUUUUGUCGGAAGAUCACAACCAUGUAUGGAGUUUUGAGUUGAAAAUUGAAAUUGUAGAAAUGCUAAAACAUUGUUUUCUUGUUUGAGUUGAAAAAUCACAAGCAUGUAUGGAUUUUGAGUUUAAAAAUGAAUUGUUGAACUUCCAAGUCAUUGUUACUU